UGAGCCGUUACAAAGACCUGACUGACAUGGGAGGAGAAAUCCGAAGUCACGUGUGACAUCAAGAUCAAGAACGAUCCAGACACAACAACAACAUGGAUCCUUCAAACGAGACCGCGCAGACUUGGGCUGUUGAGGACAAUGUGAUGGAAGGGAGAAUGUGUGGGAUCAUGUCGGGCCUUGGCUCCUUCACACUCUUCCCCCUACAACCAGAGCACACCAGCCAGGACACUGCUUCUGGAUCUCAAACACAAGGCGAGCCAGUAAAGCUGUACCAGCUGCAGCUGUCCUCCUGGCUGUGGGGGCGACAGGCAAGGAAACUUGUCAACGAGUCCGUGGGAACAUUUCUUUCACUACAGACAGCCAUAUCUGAGGCAGAGCCAGACCGCCGCAACACUGUGCUGGUCAAAAAGUGUCGAGAGUACAGGUCCAUCAUCCAGGCAUGUCAGCAGGAGACAGAGAGUCUGCAGCAGAGGGAGGGAGGAGACGAGACAGAGACACAGGAGGACCUGAUGUCCCUGCAGGAUAUCCUCUACAAGAUGGAGCUUAUUCUGAGCCUUGUGGAGCUGCUUUUUAUCGACACCGUGCCGGGAGGCCAUCUGUUGAACCAUCUGGUGAAGUGGAUCCAGAUGCACUUCCCCCAACACGAGAGGAAGAAGCAGGUGGUGCUGGAGAGUGACCGCCCACACCUGCACCCAGACUACUGGCAAGCUGUCUAUGGCUCAGUGCUGCAGGGGAGGCUGGAUGAUGCCCGGCUCAUGCUGUCCAACCACCCAAGUGCCGACACAGACCCUUUCCUCUCCAUUGAUGAACUGCUCAGGAAGAUGCCAACUUUCCAGGCCUACGGGGGAGUGUCUGUGGGAGACUUUGAGGUGCGGUGGCAACACUGGCAGAGUGAGUGUGAGCGUCGCCUGGAAGAAGGUCACUUUGCCAGCUCCCACCACCUGCGGGUCAUCUGCAAGAUCCUGUGCGGAGACCCAGAAAUACUGACCAAGCAGAUAAACCUCAUGGAGACAUGGUACCACCUGAUGGUGUCCACGCUGCUCUUCACCAAGCCCACUGUCAAGCUGUUCCACCUCUCCAACGCCAGCCAGGAUGCCAUAGUACGCAUGCAGGACCAGCAGGUCAUCACAGCCCUGGACCAUGUUCUGCUGGCAGCCAUGGAGGCAGACAUUUACCAGGUGAUCAAAGAGUGCCAACAGGUGAUGGAUAACCCCUGGUUCACCACACACCUCACAGACCUUCUGUGCCACACCAUGCAGCACAAAGGAAAGCAACAGGUCCUGCCGCCACUGAGGGAAGCACUGCUUCUGGAUUAUGCUGAGCUGCUAGCCAGCCACUCCAGCUUGUGGCAGGUGAGCCUCCUCUACCUGGACUACUGUGGCCCCCGGGGUGUGGCCAUGGCCCAGGAGGUGCUUCAGAGACUCCCCGUCACAAGUGAUGCGCGUGCCCAGAAAAUCAUCCAAAUGGCCAGUGAAAGGGAGUUUGAUGGAGUAGUUGUCAGUGUGUGUCGUGUGAUGGGACGCCAGGCACUCUCUCAGGGACGCCUUGGGGCUGCCAUCUGGUGGGGGGUGCGGUCAAAAGAUGCAGCCUUCACUUCACACCUCGCUCACCAGAUCCUUCACAAAUACAUUGCUGAUGGGCAGUUUGAGUCAUCCACACUGCUGGACCACCUGGGCCCUGCCAUGCUGCUCUCUGACACACUUACUUUCCUAGGGAAGUACCGGGAAUUCCACGUCAUGUACCAAGAGGGCCGUUAUGAGGAGGCGGCAGCACUCCUCGUGUCACUCAUCUCUUCCAGACUUGCUCCCGAGUACUUCUGGCCAGUGUUGUUGGUGGAUGCCCUCCCCCUCCUCAAGGCAAAGGAGCCUGUCAUCUCCUCAGACCAGACUUACGAGCUCAUGUACAUCCUGGACACCCUCAGUAACACCACCAGGGAUAAGGAAGAUAAAAUGGAAAAUGAAGCGGCUUUUGCCACGUUUUCAGACAGGGAAAAAGAAAUUCGGCUUGCCCUGUCCCACAACCUGGCCCAAGCCAUAAUCUGUGAAGGAACGGUUGAGAGCUAAGUGGUAACAUCAUUUAAGAUAACAACAAUGACAGUGGUUUCUAAUUGUGUAUUUUCAUGUUGUUUGUGAAGCUUGCUUAUGUUUAAUAAAGACAUUUUUUAGA